AUGUCAGCUGAAAUCAAGCAACUCGUCGACAAGACUAUCAAGGAGAACAAGGCUGUCGUCUUCUCCAAGUCUUACUGUCCUUACUGCAAGAGAGCCAAGUCUUACCUCGGUGAAGAUACCAGCGAUAUCGCCAUUCUUGAACUCGAUGAAAGAGAUGAUGGAUCUGCCAUCCAAGCCUACCUCAAAGAGCUCAACGGUCAAUCCACCGUCCCUCACGUAUACCUCAACCAGGAGUUCAUCGGAGGUUCAUCAGACUUGUUGAAGCUCUCUCACGAUCAAAUCAAGCAAAAGAUCUCCGCUUAG